AUGAUCACAAUUGAUGGCAAACAAAUAAAAUUACAAAUAUGGGAUACGGCUGGACAAGAAAGUUUUCGUUCAAUAACUCGUUCUUAUUAUCGUGGUGCAGCUGGCGCUCUGCUCGUUUAUGAUAUAACUCAACGACAUACAUUUAAUCAUUUAACCAGUUGGCUUGAAGAUGCAAGACAACAUUCAACCUCUAAUAUGGUUAUUAUGCUUAUUGGAAAUAAAUGUGAUUUAUCUGCACGACGUGAAGUACAAAAAGAAGAAGGUGAAGCAUUUGCACGUGAACAUGGUUUGAUUUUUAUGGAAACAUCAGCUAAAACAGCAGCGAAUGUUGAAGAGGCAUUUAUUAAUACUGCUCGUGAGAUUUAUACAAAAAUUCAAGAAGGUGUUUUUGAUCCAACAAAUGAAGUCACCGGUAUUAAAAUUGGCCCACAAGGCAGUAAUUCAAGUGGACCUUCUACUCGUCCGAAUCCAAGUGCAAAUACCAGCAGUGGAUGUUGUUAG